CGGCAGGAGACGCACUAGUCAGGGGUGGCGGCCGCGCAGCGCGGGGAUCCCGCUCGUCGGCGGCUGGCGCUCCUUGCGCCGCAGGACCGCGCGCCGCCCUGCCCGAGCCAUGCAGCGGCUGGCCAUGGACCUGCGGGGGCUCUCCCGGGAGCUCUCCCUUUACCUAGAGCACCAGGUCCGAGUCGGGUUUUUGGGGUCGGGAGUGGGCUUAUCCCUGAUCCUGGGCUUCAGCGUCGCCUAUGCCUGCUACUACCUGAGCAGCAUUGCCAAGAAACCCCAGCUAGUGACAGGGGGUGAGAGUUUCAGUCGCUUCCUUCAGGACCACUGUCCGGUGGUGACAGAAACGUACUACCCGACGGUCUGGUGCUGGGAGAGUCGAGGACAAACUCUGCUGAGACCGUUCAUCACCUCCAGGCCCCUGGUGCAGUACAGGAAUGAGCUUAUUAAAACAGCAGAUGGAGGACAGAUUUCAUUGGACUGGUUUGACAAUGAUAACAAUAAGCAUUAUGUGGAUGCCAACAGCAGACCUACUAUCUUAUUGUUGCCUGGCCUUACUGGAACAAGCAAGGAAUCAUAUAUCCUUCAUAUGAUCCAUCUCAGUGAAGAAUUAGGAUACAGAUGUGUGGUUUUUAACAACAGAGGAGUGGCGGGGGAGAAUCUCCUGACUCCAAGGACUUACUGUUGUGCUAACACUGAAGACUUGGAAACAGUUAUUCACCAUGUACACAGCCUGUACCCUUCUGUGCCUUUUCUGGCAGCAGGGGUUUCGAUGGGAGGAAUGCUGCUUUUAAAUUACCUGGGCAAAACUGGGCCUAAAACUCCUUUGAGGGCAGCUGUCACUUUUUCAGUUGGUUGGAAUACAUUUGCUUGCUCAGAGUCAUUGGAGAAACCACUGAACUGGCUGCUUUUUAAUUACUACUUGACAACCUGCCUUCAAUCUUCUGUUAACAAGCACCGACAUAUGUUUGUAAAACAAGUUGACAUGGAUCAAGUCAUGAAGGCUAAAUCCAUCAGAGAGUUUGAUAGACGAUUCACGUCAGUCAUGUUUGGAUACCGAACACUCAAUGAUUAUUAUACUGAUGCCAGUCCAAAUCGUAGACUUAAGUCAGUAGGAAUUCCUGUGUUGUGUCUGAAUUCUGUGGAUGAUGUUUUUUCACCAAGUCAUGCUAUUCCAAUAGAAACUGCUAAGCAAAACCCUAAUGUUGCUUUGGUCCUUACUUCUUACGGAGGCCAUAUUGGUUUUCUGGAGGGAAUCUGGCCGAGGCAGUCCACCUACAUGGAUCGGGUCUUCAAGCAGUUUGUGCAGGCCAUGGUUGAGCAUGGACAUGAACUCUCUUAACAUGUAGUUCUUCAGGUACAUUUUUGUCUGAGCUGCCAUUAAAAGGCAGCUCAGCUUAGUGCACAAAAUUUAACUACUGUAUAUAAAGCAUAUAAGCCAGCAGGUGGGUGAAGAGGUCCAGAAUGACUUGCAAAAACUCCUUUUUUGGGGGGGGAAAAAAAAAAACUUUGUAGCAAGAAAUUAAAUAUAAUAUUAGAUUGUUACUUAUGUAGAUUUUAUUUUUACUAUGCCUUACCAAGUAUGACCUUCAAUAAAGUAGUGCUACAUGAAAUUGCACCUAACCAAAACUAUUGUGUAAAAAGAUUUUAAUUCCUCAGGGUUUUAAUUUAGACUAGUAUAUUUUAGAUGACUCAUUUUAGGUGAUUUAAUGGUACUUUAAUAACUGCUACGAUUUUGGUUAUUUGAAUGUAAGUUAUAAGUUAGCACAUUCCUAAGGGUAUUUAUACCUAAUGAUGAGAACGUGAAAAUUGAAAUAAGAUAAGAUACAGUGUGCUAUAUCUUCUGUGUAGUCUGAUUUUAAAAGGCAAGUGCAAUAAUGUUUGACUUCUGAACAUGCUCUUUUAUUCUGAUAAUAUUAAAAUAGAGCUCUUAUAUUUUAUACUGAUUAUAAUUUACAUGCUUAUUUUUAAAAUAGUGUAUGUGCAUACAUAUUUAUCAUUAAAUUAAAAUAAAUCUACCAUUUUAAA